AUGAGAGGCUUUACAGGAGCUUCAGCCUUUGGCCUCGCCGCAUUGGCAUCUCUCGCCUCUGCUCAAGUCGCCAAUGUCUGCCCAUCCACCGGAGUUUGCUUCAAGCUAAACAUUCCCCAAGACACGGCUUCUUCUGGCACAGGCGACAUCUUCUUCCAGAUCCAAGCACCAAGCAGCUAUGAGUGGGUAGCACUUGGCCAGGGACGUGCCAUGGCCAACUCCAACAUAUUCGUUGUAUACACAUCCGCAAGUGGAAACAACGUCACUCUCUCACCCCGACAAACCUCCAGCUAUGCACCCCCAACCCCCAACAGCAAUGCUCAGGUCACAUUACUCGAGGGCUCGGGUGUAUCAAAUGGCGUCAUGACUGCCAACGUAAAGUGCUCAAACUGCAACAGCUGGUCAGGAGGUACCAUGGACUUCAAGUCCUCAAGCGGCAACUGGAUCUACGCCUUCCAGAACUCUGGCGGACCCAAGAACACCGACGACACUUCGGCCCAGAUCGACCAGCAUUCCGGCCACAGCGUCUUCAACUGGGACUUUGCUCAAGCCAAGGGCGGAUCCAGCGUCAACCCCCUCAUCGCCACCACAUCAACUGGCACCACGUCCGACUCUGGCAACACGAACACCAACUCUGGCAACACGAACACCAACUCUGGCAUCACAACCAUCACCGCCACUGGCGCCAUCACCAACCGCCGCGAAAAGCUCAUUGCCCACGGCGUCCUCUCUUCCCUUGCGUUUGUUAUUUUUUUCCCUACUGGCGCCAUCGCCAUUCGCCUCGUCUCCAUGACCGGCAUGGUCUGGAUUCACGGCGCAUUCCAGGUCUUUGGCUACAUGACCUACAUUGCCGGUGCCGGUCUCGGUAUCCACCUCGCCAGCGGCUUCAACCAGACCGGGGCCUACCACGCCAUCAUCGGUAUGAUCCUCCUUGCUGUUGUCUUCUUCAUGCCCAUUCUCGGAUACAUGCACCACCUUUUCUUCAAGAAGGUCCAGAGCCGCACCAUCUGGUCGCACGCUCACAUCUGGAUCGGUCGUAUCUUCAUCACUCUUGGUAUUCUCAACGGUGGCUUUGGACUCAAACUGGCCCAAUGCGCCAACAGGAGCUCGCGCGCUGGUCAAAUCGUCUACGGUGUUGUUGCCGGUCUCGUCUGGUUGGCAUGGGUUGGUGCCAUUAUCAUUGGUGAGAAGAAGAGGACCAGCUCGCUUACCGCGUCUGCAUCCAAGCUCGCCGACGAGAGGGCCAACUCCGAUGGCACUGCUGUUGAUGUCAAUGGUCAUUAUGGCAACAAGCAGCAACAGUAA